AUGUACAUCCUAGGAAACUUUCUCUACAUCGCUGUCCUCCUCAUCAACGCCAUCGCCGUCCUCUCCGAAGACCGCUUCCUCGCGCGCAUCAACCUGUCCCCGUCCUCCUACGACCCAGCUUUCGGUCAGAGCACCGAUGCGAGUGUUAAGGCCAAGAUCAUCAACCUGAUUGCCAGCGUGCGGACGCUUAUGAGAACGAUCAACACCCUCAUCAUUUUCUACGAGCUCAUCCUCGGAUAG